AUUGAUCCCUACCUAUGUACGCGUAAUAUCAUUUAUCAUCAAAAAAAGUCGUUAGAUAUUUUCUCGUUUUUUUUCACAAAGUGAUAAGAGAUUGUAUUUUCUUUGUAAGAAUUGGCGCACGACCGCAUGUUCCGUUAUCGACACCGUUGCUCUUUUCAGCAGCUUUGUUUAUCAUUUUGACGCUUCAGGCCUGUAUACGUAUAUGUGUGUGUGUGUGUCAACUUUCUUUAUCUCACCUCGGUGUCGAUAAGGGCGACCGAUAAACUCAAAGUGGCUGAAAAGUGGCGCGUGUCUCGAUCGAUUUUGAUCAAAUGCCAAAUGUGACGCUCUCUGUGCUCUUUCAUCGACAUUCGAGACAGGGGUCUAAUGUUGGUCGUUCAGACGGUUUCGAGAUUUUGCGGGAAUUGAGGUUAGGAUAGUUUCUCUAGGUUACAUUUGUAUUGCCGUUACGUUUCGGCGUAAUAACAACUCCUGAUCCCGGAGAAUUGACCGCAAUCGAAAAACAAAUACUUGGUGUAGCAAAAAGUUCUGAGUGAAUCUCAUACUUAAUCGCGGAAACAAAAUCUCAAGUGCGUUUCAACGUGUUAUGUCAACAUAACGGAUAAUAAUGGAUGGAGAGGAUGCCAUAGACGUGGACCCGCGCGAGCUGCACGAGACUCUUCAAACGUACAGAAAGCUCGCGGACGACUUCGCGAAUCAUGACACGAUUUUGAAGGACAAAACGGUCCUGUCCUACGUAGCCUACGUCCUGGAAGUACCUGAUCUGGAUGUGGUCACGUUAGCUUUAGAUAUUCUCGAGAUAUUUGUUAAAAAUGUAGACAAUUACAUACACAUAACGUCCACCUUUGGCGUGCGCGAAUCUCUAGAAGCGAUUAUAAACAAGUACAGUCUGAGCGAACCAAAGAUAGCUAAUAGAGCACAGCACAUCAAGGAUGAUAUAGAACGUAUGAAACCGCCUAUAUAUAAUUUACGCAGUCGUUGCCGACGGGUCAUUGAACCAAAAAAAUUAAAGACUCAUGUGAUAGUUUUACAUGUUCAAGGAUUGCUACCGGAUACUCGGGCGGAAUUGGAAUCGAUACUGAUAAGAAUCGAAGGUCUCAUUUCUCUUGUCGUCGACGUGGAACACCAGCGUGUAACAAUGCGCACCUUAAAUAACGUCACAGCGAAACAAAUCGCAGAAGCGAUCGACAAAAAUACGGAUACCAUGGAAGCGAGACUGGUUACAAGAAAUAAAUUCAAUCAAGAAUUUCUUGUAAAGCUGCUACAGACAGGAGACAGUGAUAGCGAGGAAAUGCCUGAUUAUUUACCUGAGGAGGAAGAGGAGGAUGAUAAGGAAGGAGUCGUAUCGUUAUUUACUGGUUUAAAACAAAGCGCCUCCUCUUUGUAUAAAUCCACCACCGAAUUUCUCAGCAAUUCAUUUUAUUGGUAGAAUCGACCUGUAAUGAUAAUUGUUAUCAUUUACAAUUGCUACAGUCAUAAUUUUACUCAUUCAAACUUAAUCUCUGUUUAUUCCCUUGUGGAAAAGAAUUUAUUAAAUUCGCAUUAUUACCACCAGGUGUUAACGCAGAAGAGAAAUACUUGUAAACUUUUUUUUUUAUGCUGAUGUGACUAAUCUCGUGUGAUCAUUUCAGAAUCUCCGCGUUUCUAUUCUAGACCGCAAAAGCAGAGAGAGCAACAAGUUUUUACAGUUUAUAAGUAUUACAAGCGAGAUAUGCCUCUUGCCUUCUCAUUAGAAAAUUGAUAUGUACAGACAGGUUUCUAAGUUUUUACAUCUAUAUAUAUAAAUUGUAUUUGUAAGAAAAGAAAAUAUGUACGUUAUAUGUAUAUUUAUGUACAGAGUUAGCUUUUUUUCAUCAUUUUUGUAGUUAUGCACUGAUUGUGCAUAUUUUAACUCGUGAUUUAAUAGUGCAAAAUCAGUUGUGCACACACACAACUCGUAUCUAUACUCUCUACGAUUAGUUUCUCGUCGAAUUCUCUGAUACGCUACUGUAAGUAAUUUUCGAUAUGCUAUGUACUGAAGAUCUAAUUAACUACUUGUGUAAAGAGAAACUGAACUUAAUUGUAGAAACUUGUGAGACUCAUAAAUUAUACGUGAAUAUUAAAUGUACAUGUGAUAAGACAUUCACGUCGUAAUAUCGUUUUUCUUUUUUUUCAAUCAGAAAUUCGAUUCGACGUUUUAUUGUGCAAAAUGAUUCGCAAAGUUUAGCGUUUUUGUAUUUACAAAAAAAUCGCUUGUGUACAUAUAUGACGGCUAUAUACAAUAUGAAUGUUUGUUCAUAAAAUUAAUUAAAAUAACGAGCAAAGAUUUUAAAAAAUGUUUAAAAAUUAUUUAAAACUUUACUGCUUUCCAUAUAUUUCUCUCCUUAUUAAACUAUUUAUAAAUUUAUUUACGCGUUAUAGAUCCUCCUAUAUUAAAAGAGGCAUUUGGACCGAGAAGUGCACGUUUGGAGUCGAAUAUAUUGCACCUAUUGUUGCCUCUUUUCC